AUGCCCCGGUGGAGGCCGCUCGCCCUCGUCCUGCUCGGGCUCGCCGCCUGCCUGCUGGCCGCGCCGGUGCUGGGCUGCGGCCCGGGCCGGGGCCCGGUGGGGCGGCGGCGGCUGGGGCGGCGGCAGCUCUCGCCGCUGCUCUACAAGCAGUUCGUGCCCAACGUGCCCGAGCAGACGCUGGGGGCGAGCGGGAAGGCGGAGGGCAAAGUGCUGCGGGGCUCGGAGCGCUUCAGGGACCUGGUGCCCAACUACAACCCCGACAUCAUCUUCAAGGACGAGGAGAACACGGCGGAUCGGCUCAUGACCGAGCGCUGCAAGGAGCGGGUGAACUCUCUGGCCAUCGCAGUGAUGAACAUGUGGCCGGGGGUGAAGCUGCGGGUGACGGAGGGCUGGGACGAGGACGGGCACCACCUCCCUGACUCGCUGCACUACGAGGGCCGGGCACUGGACAUCACCACGUCUGAUCGGGACCGCCACAAGUACGGCAUGCUGGCCCGCCUGGCCGUGGAGGCCGGCUUCGACUGGGUCUACUACGAGUCCAAGGCACACAUCCACGUCUCUGUCAAAGCAGACAACUCGCUGGCCAUCCGCACCGGCGGCUGCUUCCCCGGCCACGCCACCGUGACGCUGCAGAGCGGCGAGCGCCGGGGCCUGGCCGAGCUGCGCCGGGGCGACUGGGUGCUGGGUGCCGAGCCGGGUGGGCGCCUGGUGCCCACCGAGGUGCUGCUCUUCCUCGACCGGGACCCGGGCCGGCGUGCCUCCUUCGUGGCCAUCGAGACGGCCGGCCCGGCGCGCCGCCUGCUCCUCACCCCGUCCCACCUGGUGUUCGCCGCCCGCGGGGCCGCCAACGGCUCCGCCGCCGCCUUCCUGCCCGUCUUCGCCCGCCGCGUGCGCCCCGGCGACGCCGUGCUGGCCCGCGGGGCCGGCGGGCGGGGGCUGCGGCCCGCGCGGGUGCUGAGGGUCUGGCGGGAGGACGGCGUGGGCGUCUUCGCCCCGCUCACCUCCCACGGGACCCUGCUGGUCAACGGGGUGCUGGCGUCCUGCUACGCCGUCCUGGAGAGCCACCGCUGGGCCCACCGCGCCUUCGCCCCGCUGCGCCUCUUCCACGGGCUGCUGGCGCUGCUGCCCGCCCGCGCCCCGCCGGCCAACGGGACGGUGCCCGAGGUGGGCAUGCACUGGUACUCCCGCCUGCUCUACCGGCUGGCCGGGGCCGUGCUGGGCCACGAGGCCCUGCAGCUCUAG